CCUCUGACAGUACUUAUUUCAUUGUAAAAUUAUUACAACUUGUUAAAUCAUGUAGCUAAGUCGAUCUCCUACCAAAAAACCUCAUCCAUGUUCAAAAUUUAAGUGUUAUCACGAUGAUUUCGUACAUUUCAAGAAUAUUGUCAUACGAAGGUAUAAAAAUUCCAGCAUUAGGCACUAGAAACUUCCAUGAAAAAAGUGAUGAACCGAAGAGUCCAAAUGUAAAAACUGAAAUUCCAGGUCCAAAAUCAAAAGCACUAUUAAAACAAUUAAAACUUUAUCAGAAUGUGGGAAACGCAGAACUUUUUGGAAACUACGAAAAGUCGAUUGGAAACUACUUAGUAGAUGCAGACGGUAAUAUUUUUUUGGAUCUAAAUAUGCAAGGAUCGAAGAUACCACUUGGAUACAACUUUAAGGAAUUGACAAGCGUAUUUUCUGGUCCGAAAUAUUUGCAUUAUAUAAUCGACGCCAUCAAUUUGAAUGCAUUUCCCGGAACUUGCUGUCCUUCAAGAAUAGGAAAAAUUAUCGAUAGGGUUUCUCCAAAUCUACCAAAUCUUUGCGUAUGUCCAUGCGAUUCGACUGCCGUCGAAGAAGGACUGAAGGCCAUAAUGGCUGCUUAUCAGAUGCAGAUCAAUGAAGAAAAUUUAGGCUCUGAAGCUCUUGGAGAGGCAUUAUUAAAGCAAGGUGGAAAUAAAGGUUCUCCAAAGCUCUCCAUAUUGUCUUUCAAAAAUUCGCUGCACGGAAGCACCAUUGGGGCUCUAAACGUUUCUAACGCUGAUCCAUGGAAAAAAGUUGACUUCGCUACCUUCGAUUGGCCCGUCGCCGAUUAUCCAGAGUACAAAUAUCCAUUGGAUGAGAACGUAGAAUACAAUGAUAUACAGGAUAAUCAAAGUUUAGCCAUGGUUGAAGAUCUGAUUACCACAUGGCAGAACAAAAACAUACCAGUAGCUGGAAUCAUCAUUGAACCUCUUCAAAUUACAACCAAUCAUGUCAUUUCCCAAAAUUUUAUGCUAGGCCUAGAAGGACUUACCAUCAAACAUGGUAUAUAUUUAAUGUUUGACGAAAGUAAAACGUGCUGUGGCGCAACAGGUCGGUUCUGGGCACACGAACAUUAUCCCUUGAAUUGUCCUCCAGACAUUCUGACUUUUGGUGGUAAAACUCAGAUUUCGGGGUUCCUUCAUAAGACAGACUUGAACCCGGUACAAAACAACCCUCUUUUAUCAUCCGGUUCCCUUAGCGUAUCCAAACUUAUCCUUUUUGAAGCCAUCAUAGAUUUCAUUGAAAAGCACAAUUUAAUGAGAAGCGUCCAAUUAACCGGAGACGUUCUAAAAGGAGAUUUACUGGAGCUACAAAACCGGUAUAACGAUUUGAUCCAUUCGACAAGAGGGUUGGGUACAAUUUUGGCGUUUGACGUUAAAACUCCAAAACUUACCGACGAACUUAUUUUGAGAUUACGAAACAAAGGAAUACUGUGCGGGAAAUGUGGGCUACAAGGUAUUGCAAUUAGACCCUCUCUAACUUUUAACAAGAAACAUGCUGAAAUCUUUGUUGAUAACCUUGAGAAGGUAAUUAAAGAGGCCGGAUUUAAACCAACAAAUCCUCAAGAGUUCAUCACUUGUAAAUGUAAAAACGUCGUAUCUCCCACUGAAAGCAUUUUUCAACGUAUAGCUGAACCUUUACCGUUAGAAAAACAAAGCCCCACAACAUCUGCUGAGACCGUUUUUCGAAGCAAAGCUGAACCUUCGUCUUUGGAAACACAAACCGAAGUAACAACACCUGCUAAAACAAUUUCUCAAAGCAAAGCUUUAGAAAAACAAAGUCACUCAACAACACCUGCUGAAACCGUUUUUCGUAGCAAAGCAGUUUCUUCAGAAAAACAAAGGAUCACAACGACUGGUGAAACCGUUUCUCAAAGCUCAACUAAACCAUUACCUUUAGAAGAUGAAACCCCAGGAAUAACACAUAAUGAAACCGUUAUUCGCCGCGAAGCUAAACCUUUACCUUUAGAAAAACAAACCAUCGCAACAAUACCAGUUGAAACUGUUUCUCAAAGCUCAGCUAAACAUGCAUCUCUAGCAAAGCAAGCCACAGCAAUAACACCUAGUGAAGUUAAACAUUUACCUUUAGAAAAACCAACGAUGGCAACAACGCCUGGUGAAACUGUUUCUCAAAGCUCAACUGAACCAUUACCUUUAAAAAAGCAAACCCCAGCAAUAACAUCUAGUGAAACCGGUUUUCGCAGUAAAGUUGGAACAUUAUCUAUAGAAAAGCAAAGCUCUAUAACAAAAUCUACCGCAACAACACCUUCUGAAACUGAAACUGUUUCUCAAAGUUCAGCUAAACAUGUACCUCUAGAAAAACAAGCCACAACAAUAACACCUAAUAAAGUUAAACAUUUACCUUCAGAAAAAUCAACGAUUGCGACAACGCCUGCUGAGAGUGUUUCUCAAAGCUCAGCUGAACCGCUACCUUUAAAAAGGCAAACCCCAACAAUAACACCUACUGAAACCGUUCUUCGCAGCAAAGCUGAAACUUUACCUAUAGAAAAACAAAGCCCUACAACAAAACCCACUGGUACCAUUUUUGAAAGAAAAGCUCAACCUUUACCUUUAGAAAAACAAACCACCACAACAGCACCUGCUGAAACUGUUUCUCAAAGCUCAGCUAAACGCAUACCUCUAGAAAAGCUAGCCACAGCAAUAACACCUAGUAAAGUUAAACAUGUACCUUUAGAAAAUCCUUUACAAGAACAAACCUCAACAAUAGCACAUAGUGAAACUGUUUAUAGCAACAAAGCUGAAACUUCACCUACAGAAAAACAAAGCCCUACAACAAAAUCUACUGGCACCGUUUCUCAGAGAAAAUCUGAAAGUUCUCCUUUGGAAAAACAAACCGUUUUUCAAAGCAAAUCUGAGUCUAUACCUUUAGACAAACAAACCAUAGCACCACCUUCUGAAACUGCUUCUCAAAGCUCAGCUGAACCUGUACCUCUAGAGACAAAAUUCACAACAAUAACACCUAGUAAAAGUAAACAUAUACCUAUAGAAAAACAAACCACAGUAACUCCUGACGAAAAAAUUUACCAAAACAAAGAUGAACCUUUAAAAGAACAAAUCAUUGAAACAACACCAUCUGAAAUCACAGCUGAACCUAUGCAAUUAGAGAAACAAACCACAAUAACAACACCAAGCGAAACAACUGACCAAAGAAAAGCUGAACCGUUACACUUAGAAAAGCAAUCUCCAGCACCAACACCUGAUGAAGCACUUCACCAACCCACAACUGAACCUUUAUCUUUAGAAAAGCAAACCAUCGCCACAACACCUGCCAAAUCCGAUUCUCAAACUACAGCUGAACCUUUACUGUUAGAAAAACAAACCCCAAAAGCAACACCAGAUGAAACCAUAUUCCAAAGCAACGUUGAAGAACAAGCCACUACAAGUGCUGAAAAAGUUUCUCAAGCCCUUCCAACUGAAUCUUUUCCUUUAGAGAAACAAACCCCAGCCAGAACACCUGAUGAAGCAAUAUUCCAAGGCAAUGUUGAACCUUUACCUUUAGAAAAACAAGCCACUACAACAACAACUGCUGAAACGGUUUCUGAAACCACAGCUGAACCUUUUCAUUUAGAAAAACAAACCUCAGCAUCAUCUAACGAAACAACAUUCCAAAGCAACGUUGAACCUUUACCAUCAGAAGAACAAGCCGUUACAACAACGACUGCUAAGACCAUUUCUCAAAGUUCAUCUCAAUCUGUACCUUUAGAAAAACCAACCCUAGCAAUAACACCUAGCGAAACCGUUUUUAAAAAUAAAGCUGAAUCAACAAUUUCAGAUCCUAAAUCCGAAAACAUAGAAAAGAUACGCCAGUCCAGUUCAUUAAUUACGGAUGCACAGUCCUUAAGUUCCAACAAAGGUAGUGGUUCAAAAAAGAAAUAUCCUUGGUCAGAGCCCUUUUGCGACCAGAAAUCUGGAAAAGUAGACAAAAAUGUUAAAAUAAAAAAACUGACAUGCGUUAUAAAGCUACCGAGAUUGUUACCGAUUAAAGAUCCAAAAAAAUCUAGCUCACAAAUAUGCGAAAAGCCAAAAUCGCCGCCAAAAUCCAAGAAAAAACCAACACCUGCCCCAUGCACGUGUGGUGCCCGUGAUUCUGGAGGGUCGGCACCAAAAUCCAAAACAAAGAAAUCUGCGUCAAUAUCAGAAAAAUCAAAAUCUGAACCGAUAUGUGCCAAAUCGAAGGAAGACAAAUUGGAUGUAACGUACUCAAAGAAAAAAUCCAAGAAAAAAUCCACGAAAAAACCAAAACCACCUGCGCCAUGCCCAUGUGGUGGAAGUGGAACUAGUGGAUCAGAUAAAGGACCAAAAAAGAAGAGUAAAAGUACAAGUUCAAAAAAAAUUAAAAUAAUUUGUUCAAAAUGUCGAAGAAAACCGUCAAAGCGUACAUCAAUUAAAAACGCAAUAAAGAUAAUUUGUACAAAAUGCAAAUCAGGAAAAAAGAAAAAACCGAAGUCUGUGAAAAAUGCAAUUAAAGUAGUUUGUUCGGCAUGCAGAAAACCAUCGAAACCAAAGUCCUCGGGAUCUAAAAACGCAAUAAAAAUAGUUUGCUCUGGCUGUAAAAAGAAAAAACCAAGGCUCAAGUCAAAAUCUUCAAUCAAAAUAGUUUGUUCAAAAUGUAGAAAAUCGAAAAAACCCAAGUCUGCAGGCUCAAAAUCCUCAAUAAAAAUAGUUUGUUUAAAAUGCAAGAAACCUAAAAAAACAAAACGUUCAAAAAAUGCUAUCAAAAUAGUUUGUUUAAAAUGUAAACGGCCAAGAAAAGCCAAGUCUAGUGGAAAUUUAAUAAAAAUAGUUUGUUCAAAAUGCGGUAAACCAUCAAAAAAGUCUAGAAAAUCGAGUGCUUCAUCAAUAAGAAUCCUUUGUUUAAAAUGCUUAGGUAAACCUCAAAGAUCUACGCCAAAGAGAACCUCGUCAUUAAAAAUAGUUUGUUCAAAAUGUAAAAGAAAACCAUCUAAAAGAACAAGCCCAAAAAACGCAGUAAAAAUUGUUUGUUCCAAGUGCAAAACCUCGCCAUCGGGAAAAAAGCCUAAAAGUCCCAAAAACGCAAUAAAAAUAACUUGUUCAAAAUGUAAAAAAAAAUCGUCAAAAACAAACAUUCAAUUCUCUAAAAAUGCAAUAAAAAUUAUAUGUUCAAAGUGUUUAAAAAAACCUACAGGACGGAGUUCUAAAAACUCAGUAAAGAUAGUGUGUUCAAAAUGUAAAAAGAAACGGUCAGGUGCUAAAGCCUCCAAAGGUUCAGUGAAAGUAGUUUGUACCAAAUGUAAGCGAAAAAUGCGCCCAAAACGUUCGUCUUCAGCUAUAAAAAUACCUUGCUACAGAUGUGCAAUGGGUUUACAAAACGCAUUGGUAAUGCCUUGGCCAACAGAACCAGAAUGUUCGAAAAAAGCUUUACGCGAAUCUUUAAAGCCGUGGCCGAUGAAAGGCCAAACAGGUGGUAAGAAAGGUGGUAAAGGUAAAGGAAAAAAAGCCUUUGAUGUAGAAUACUCAAAAUGUCCAAAACGUAAGAAGUCUGGAAUGUCUUGGAAAAGGGAAUCACAAUUACCCGUAGAAACGAUAUUCAUUAAAGCAUUACUGAGACAAAAGAGCAACAAAUUGGAGGUAGACUACAGUAAAUUGAAACAAUCGUCGAUAACAUUAAACCAAAACAAAUCUGAAUUAAUAGAAGCACAAUCAAAAUUGACGUCUCAUGAUAAGUUAAAAGAAAAUAAUAAUAUGAAUAUUCAGAAAUUAGAAGUUUUGUACACAAAAGUUCCAACACCUAGUUUGAAGGCUUUAAAUAAACAAGAUACAGCACAACAGUCUUUAAAGUUAUUCCAAAGUACCAAAAAUAAUAAUAAAGCAGAUGAUUUGACAAAAGAUGGUCAAUGGCCGGAUCAAAUGUCAUCGACAAGAAAUAGAGAAGAGCGUGUGAAAGAAAAAGUUCCAACAGUAAAUAAAGAGUCAGUAAUACAAAGGGCGAAAAGGGCAGUUUGGUCUUUAUUUUCUCCAGAUAGGUCUAGGGAAUCUUCAAAAGAAUUUAAUCAAAAAUUAGAAGUUUUUUAUAAAAAAGUUCCAUUAGAAGACAAUAUGUCUUACUUAAACGAAUCUAAAAAUGUAUUAAAAAGAUCAGAAAUAAAUUCAGCAAAGCGACCAAGACUAAACGAACAGAAACCAAAAGAGUCAGACCUAAAUUUAAAGUCAGAAGGUAAACCAAUAUCAAUAGAUAAGUCAACAAUUGGUUUAAAAGAGAAAGUCCAAGAACAAAAUCCAAACUUGUUACUAAAGGAUUCAUCAGACAGUACAAACCUAGUAAAGCCUGCAAGACAAAAAGAGCAAAAACCAAAAAUUUUAUCAAAAAUAUCAGAAUUAGAUUGGCCUUGGACGGAUUUAAAGUCACAAGCUGAACCAAUAUCGUUAGAUAAAUCGCCAAAAGAAACAAGUGGCCUAAAAGACAAAAGUCAAAAAGUUAUAUUAACUGAUUCAACAGGUGACACGAACUCAUUAAAAACUUUAAGACAUACAGAACAGAAGCUGAAAGACUCGACGCAAGUAAGAACAAACUUGUUUCCAACGUCAGAAGGCAAACCAGCACAAGUGGAUAUGUCGUCAAAAGAAACUACUAAACUAAAAGCGGAAGAUCAAAAACGAGAUCAAAAUGUGCUAUUAACAGAUUCAUCAGGCGAUAGAAAUCAAUUAAAGACCUUAAGAAAAAAAGAACAAAAAUCGAAUUUAUUGUUAAAAGAUUCAACACAAGUUGGAACAAAUAAGUCGUCAAAAGAAACUACUAAACUAAAAGAGAGAGAUCAAAAACUUGUGAUACUAACAGAUUCAUCAGGCGAUACAAAUCAAUUAAAUACAAGACAAAAAGAACAGAAGCCAAACUUCUUGUUAAAAAAUUCAACAUUAGUUGGAACUAACUUGUCCCCAAAGUCAGAAGGUAAAUCAGUGGAUAAGUCUUCAAAAGAAACUACUAAACUGAAAGAGGAAGAUCAAAAACGAGAUCAAAAUGUGCUACUAACAGAUUCAUCAGGUGACACAAACAAAUUAAAUGAAAGACAAGAAGAACAAAAGCCAAACUUCUUGUUAAAAGACUCAGCACAAGUUGAAACAAACUUGUACCAAAUGUCAGAAGAUAAAACAGCAUCAGUGGAUAAGUCGUUAAAAGAAACUACUAAACUAAAAGAUGAAGAUAAAAAACGAGAUCAAAAUCUUCUACUAACAGAUUCAUCAGGCGACACAAACAUUUUAAAUGAAAGACAAGAAGAACAAAAGCCAAAUUUCUUAUUAAAAGAUUCACCACAAGUUGGAACUAAUUUAUCAGGCGACACAAACCAAUUAAAAACAAGACAAAAAGAACAAAAUUUGUCAAAAAUAACUGCUGUUUUAAAAGAAAAAGGCCAAAAACAGGAUCCGAUUGGGCUACUAACAAAUUUAUCAGGAGACACAAACCAAAAAGAACAAAGUCCAGAAAUGUUUUUCUUUGAUCAAAAGUUAGAAGGUAAAACAGCUGAUUUAAAAGAGGAAGGCAAGGACCAAGAUUCGAUUGCGUUACUAACAAGAGAUCAAAAUACUGUGAAGACAGAACAAUUUUUAGAAGAAUCAGAGGUUGGAAAGCGCUCUGAUGCAAAUUCAAAAAAUAUACCAGAAUCAAUGGAUAGACCAACAAAAGAAAUGAGUUUAAAAGAAGAAGACCGCAACCAAAGAACGAAUGUAUUAAAAGAUGCAAGUGACUUAUGUAGCUGUAUAUUUCCAAAAUAUCACUCAAAAGAAAAGUCAAACUUGACAUCAAAUGAUUCAUCAAGUGAACCACCUUGCGCAAAUUUGAAUUUAUACUUCACCUUCAAUUUCGAAAUUGGUGAUGAAACAUCAUCUCCAACAGAUCCUUCAAAACAAUUAAAAGAUCCGAAAGGAGAAGAUAAAAAUCAAAAACCGAAAAUGGUACUAAAAGUAUCAUCAGAAGAUCCAAAUAGCUCGACCGUGAUGGCAAAAAGUGAAGUACAUCCAACGAAAUCUUUGGAAGAUCCUGACCAUUUGGAAUAUGAAGUUCAAGAAUCACAGUUGAGUGAACUAUUAAACGAGUCAUUAGUUCGGAGGACAAACUUGAUCUUAAAGUCAGAGUGUGAACUUGUACAGACGGCUAAGCAAGUAAAGGAGGCAAAUGAUGCAGAAGGUUCAUUAGAAGGUAAUACAAUCUUAGAAUUGAUGUCAGAAAAAAAAUCAGUACAAUUAACAAACGCGAAAGAAGACAGAAAAUACGCAAAACUUGAAGGGCAAGCAAAACAAGAAUCAGCGGAAAUAAAAUGUUUGAAAGGGGACGUUGAAAAACCAAAACCAAAUAUUCUAAUCGAAGAUUUAUUAGAUGAUUCAACAAACACAGACUUGUCAAAAUCUGAGGCACCAGAAGAGAAAAAAUUUUCAAAAAUGGGAGAUCAAGAAGAAAAAACGAGUUCUCUACUAAAAAACUCUUUAAAGGAAAAAUCUAAUAUAAAUUUAAAACCGAACGAAACUACUCGUAAAUCAAAAUACACAACACAGGCGUCAGAAAAGACAGCAUGUCCUAACGAAGACAUUGAAGACAUAAAAGAAGCUAAUAUGUUAGUAAAAAAUUUGUUAACGGAAAGGAAGGAAACAUUAGGAAUUGCCAAAAUGUCCAGCGUAAAAUCACCAAAUGAUCUGGUUAUCCUAAACAAAGAAAAUGUAAGUUUAAACUGGGAAGACAACGAUAAAUGUAUAUUGAAUUGGAUGUCAGAAAAAGAACGAGUAUGGGCAGGAAUAAAAACAAUUUCAAAAGCUGAUAGUAAAGAAAACUUUUCCAAAAUACAACUAGUGUCGAACAGUGAACUUUUACGUAGAACAAAGUGGCAAACCGAAACAAAUUUGGAACCGAUAGGUUCAAAACCUAAAAUAUUCAUGGAGCAUUUACAUACUACUUCUCAUGAAGUAUUGAUAAAUGACAAACAUGAAGAAGAUCUAGGAAGUUCUAGUAGCACCGAAACAAUAUGUCCGAAAUGUAAAAAGCCGAAGAUGAAGAGCUUGAAGAGAAAAAUAACCAAAAUAGAUGCGCAUAGUGCUCCUUCCAAAGAGAAAGUUUCAGUGCCAAUAACAGAAUUUGCUUCCUUUUCAAAAAUUGAAAAAGUAUCAGAAUGCCCCUUGCCAUGUAAUAUUAAAAAUGCAAGAACAAAAUAUCAAAUUUUAAAGGCUGAGAGAAAAGUAAGAAUGUUGGAAAAACGAAACUUUAUACCGAAAAAUGAAUAAUUAUUAGAAAAAAAUUGGAAAUAGAAGACCGUCUGACAAAAAUUUAGGAAGAGAUACGUUGUGAAAAAGUGAAGAAAAUGCCUAUUAAUAUUGAUCAGUCCAAAAUCUGAGUGUCAAGCUGAAAAAUAUUCUCAUGUUUAUGGUAUAAAAAACGUAACAGAUAAUUAAUUUUAUGAGAGUGAUUGUGUAUCUGCAGUGAUUUUGAAUAAAAAGUUAUUUAAGUUUAA